AUGAACUCAGCUGAUCCUCGACGUCCAAAUAAAAUCAACAGGUAUGUUUUAAAAUGUAUUCGUUAUCUUUUAUUACUUUAGGUACAAACCAGUUGAUCCGCAAACUCUAACUUAUUCUGCUGAAGAUGCCAUUCCAGAAUACAUGAACAUUUUCGGUAUGAUUUUCUCUAUGUGCGGAUUGAUGAUGAGGGUAAGAACAAAGAUGAGAGUACGAGUUUAUAUUCCUUUUAGCUGAAAUGGUGCUCCUGGGUUGCUCUUCUUUGCUCUUGUGUUAGUUUUGCCAAUACCCGAACUGUCGACGACACAAAGCAGAUCCUUAGUUCUUUCAUGUAAGGUUGCAUUUCAUUAUUUUUAUUUCUUUCAGGCUCUCUAUCUCUGCCGUGGUGAUGAGUUACCUACAAAAUCCCACCCCGAUUUAUCCUCCAUGGGCGAACCUGGUAUAG